CAACGAGGCAGAAGGAUUCAGUUGGCGGUUGAAAUGGGUCACCAUGAGGAGCUGAAACCGGAGCAAGAGGAUCUAAAAGUGACUCCCUUUGUUGGGUCUUUGAAACGCACUUGGAGUGACUUCUGUGCCACCAGCAGUAUCCACGGAUUGAAAUACACCCGCGAUGAGGAUACGAAUAAGAUUGUGCAUCUGGUGUGGCUCUUGAUUUCGGUGGUGAUGUUCAUCUGUGCUGUUGUUAUGGCGCACACCUUCUACAUCGACUAUCGCAGCAGUCCCACGCGUAUGAAUGUGGAAAGUGAUAACACGCCGGUGAAUAGACUCUACUUCCCACCUGUCACUAUUUGUCCAGAUGUGCUCUUCAACAUGCAAAAGUCCAAGGCCUUUCUGAACACUCUGCGACUUCCACAAGGAGCCGAGUUAAGGGGCAUUCUUCGCAAGCUUCACAUUUUCUACGGUUUUAUGCUAGAUGAUGAACGAUAUUCUGCAGAGGACAUCGAGCAAAUGGAAGAUCUUUUGUCCCUGAAUAAUCUCACAACUCCAGAAUUUGUGGAGCACUUACGCUGGGAUUGUGAUGAAAUUCUGCAUCGCUGUAGUUUCAAUGGUGAAAUAAUAGAUUGUUCGCAGAUAUUUCAGCUGUCCAAGACGUUUUUCGGCCAUUGUUGUUCAUUCAAUUUGCGUCAAAAGGGUUUAAACUUCACUGCCCAACGAGCAAUAGGUGGCCUUAGAUAUGGCCUGUCAGUGAUUGUGCGCUAUAAGGACGACAGCUACGAUCCAUUGCAGUCGUAUUCAUAUGGCGUAAAGCUACUAAUCCAGGAAGCAGAUGCCUUUCCCAGUGCCCAUUCUGCAGCUAAGUUUAUAGCCUUCAACUCGGAGACAUUUGCAGCCGUCAGGCCGCAGGAAACCUUUUGCUCGACUGCUGUAAAGGCUUUGACCAUUGAGGAGAGAAAUUGCGUUUUCCAAAAGGAGUUUCCCAUGCGUUACUUCUCGGACUAUGUAUACCCCAACUGCGAGCUGAACUGUAGGGUCACGAAUAUGGUCAAGUUCUGCGGCUGUCACACGUACUUUUUUGCCUUUAAUCGCACUAGCGAUCGCAUUUGUACAUUCAGAGAUAUUCCGUGUCUAGUGGAUAAUUUUGCUAAUAUAAUUACAAGGAAGAAAAGCACACAGUGCUAUUGUCCGCUUACCUGUGAACACACUGACUACGAUGUCCAGAUAUCCAAUUUUCCCCUGGAACUAAACAUGCCGGUGGCGGAUAAGUUUUAUUCAGGCUUAGCCAAAAACGAUGGUGUUUUGCAUGUGUUUAUCAACUCGUUUGGCUAUCGACGACUACGACGUGACUUGCUUUCCAAUAUGGUCACUUUGGUGUCUAAUCUAGGCAGCGCAUUCAGUCUUUUUGUGGGCAUGAGCAUGCUCUCGGUGGUGGAAAUUAUCUACUAUUUUUCAGUAAUUCUACGCAAGAACUACAAAAUGGAAUGCGAAACUCGCAGUCAGAUGCUUCAAAAGAAACCAAAGUUCGCCUGGCCCCAAGCUAAUGACACUCACAGUAAACACCAGAAAUCAGUUUUCAUAAUUCACAAAUCGUAAUCAGCACGAUGGACGAAUGCAAAAAAUAUUGCCAUAAAUUAGAGUAAUAAAAUCGAUUUCAAACUGAAUAUGGUGUCUGAAUAAACUUUCUUAUACCCUUUU